GAAACACAAAUAUAUUUAAAUGUCUUAUUGAAUUUAUAAUUGUAUUGGUGAGAUCAAUGCAUUUUAAUUUAAAAAUUGUAUAAUUAAAAAGAAAUAACGAUAUGCUUAAGGUUAAAAGCAUGACUGGCUGCAAACUUUUUGAGAGACGAUUUGCUUAUAUUUUAUUUGAUUUAAUACUUAUCAAAUAUACGUUUGCUGGAGAAGUAUGUACGUAUACAUAUAUGGACAUCAACACCAGAGAAAGAUUUGCAAACCGCUAUUGUACCACAGGCUGCUGUGGGAGUUAUGGAGGUUUCAUCUGUUGUGUGAGGGAUACAUACUACAAGUAUUUAAGAGAUGGAAGACGACAACCAGCUGGUAGAAAUUUAUCUAUAGAAGCUAUAGCUGCCAUUGUGACUGGUAGUGUUGUUGGAUUAUUGGUUUUCAUUGGAAUUGGAGUGGUGUUAUAUAUAGAAUACACAAGAAGAAUAAUAUGUGUCAAACGUAAGAAAGUGGAAAAUACGAAUUCUACAAAGAAGCUAUUGGUGGAAAAAGAAAAUCAGGUUGAAAGAAUAUUGGUUGUUGAAAGAAACCAAGAUGAAAUGAAUAGAAACAAAUACAUUGAAACUCACGAUUUAUGAUGAUAAUGUUAGAUAGAAAGGAUAUUAUUAUAAAACUAUGAAUUCACAACCACAUGUUAUGAAUGGAUGGACAAUUCCAGAACCAAGACUGAGUAAUGGAGAGUUGAUGUGGUACCCGAGUAAACCAAUCGAUCCUGUAAAGCUACAAUACAAACAACAUCUUUAUCAGUGUAUUGUUUUGUCAUCUCAACUGUAUGUUUCCACUAGAGACAAAUCUAGUCCACGAUACAUAUUUGUUAUGUUAAAGUAUAUAUUCAGAGACAAGUGCCUUUGGUCUGGUCGACUGUGUAAUAUCAUAGAAUAUUAAUGCAUUUUUUUUCUUCAUUCGUAUUAAAAAAAUCUAGCAUACAUGCACUAAAAUUUAUCAAAUGAUCUCAACAAAAGCCCAUACGUACCAUGCACUGACCAAUAUUUACUGUUGAACGACUAUUGUCGUGUCCGUUGAAGUCAUAUACCAUUAUGUAUUGCUCAUAUAGUACUUUGUUGUGUGUUUUCGUUGAAAAAGUUGCUUCUCACAUGUUUUAUGAUUAUAGUUGAAACUAUGAUGUUAUGUAUCUUACCUGACAAGGCCUCAUGGUUCGUUGAUAGAAAUACAUACUAUUGUCUAUAUAGGUCUGUUCAAUUUAUUAUCAACUUGUCAUCUGGCGAGUUUGACGUAUUAUGUAUUGUAUAGACACUCGUUUACUGUAGUAAAGUACAUAUGUUGCUUCUCUAGAUGACUUAUAUUUUGUUUUUGUCGUUAGCUUGUUGUGUCAAGGACUAUACCGCCAUCUCCAUAUAUAUUAGUAAAUGUAGAUGAUUGAAAUGUUUACCCAUGUGUGCCCCGAAAUUAAAAAAAAAAUCCAAUACUUUAGAUUAAAAAUGAUAUAUUUGACACCAAGUUGUUUGAAAUAAGGCAUGAUAGUAGGCAGAAUGCACAAUUAUUCAAAAAUUAGAUUUCAAGUAUCGUUUUGCAUUUAUAAUGGAUUAUAAAAUGAGGUAUCAAAAAUCAUAUGGAAUUUAC